CACCCGCCGGGUAAGACGCGCUAUUUAAGGCCGCCGGCCUCGAGCCGCCGCGCCGUCGGAGCAGGAGGGCCCCGCGCCUAGAGCGCACGGCUGGCUCGAGCGCCGCGGGCACCUUAUCUCGGCACGCACGGCCUCGCAGCCCGUCCCGGCUGCCGCCCAGCCUCCCGCACCCCUGCCGCCCGAACUGCGCCCCGAGCCCGAGGAAGGUGCCAUGCGGAGCGCGCCGAGCCGGUGCGUGGUGGCCCGCGCCCUGAUCCUGGCCGGCCUCUGGCUGGCCGCAGCCGGGCUCCCCCUAGCCUUGUCCGACGCUGGGCCGCACGUGCACUACGGCUGGGGCGAGCCCAUCCGCCUGCGGCACCUGUACACCGCGGGCCCCCACGGCCUCUCCAGCUGCUUCCUGCGCGUCCGCGCUGACGGCGCCGUGGACUGCGCGCGGGGCCAGAGCGCGCACAGUUUGGUGGAGAUCAGGGCCGUCGCUCUGCGGACCGUGGCCAUCAAGGGCGUACACAGCGUCCGGUACCUCUGCAUGGGCGCCGACGGCAGGAUGCAAGGGCUGCCUCAGUACUCUGCCGAGGACUGCGCUUUUGAGGAGGAGAUCCGCCCUGAUGGCUACAACGUGUACCGGUCCAAGAGGCACCACCUGCCCGUCUCUCUGAGCAAUGCCAAGCAGAGGCAGCUCUACAAGGGGAGGGGCUUUCUGCCCCUGUCUCACUUCCUGCCCAUGCUGCCCAGGAACCCAGUGGAACCCCGGGACCUCCAGGACCACCUGGAACCCGACAUGUUUCCUUCGCCCCUGGAAACAGACAGCAUGGACCCUUUUGGGAUCGCCACCAACGUGGGACUGGUGAAGAGUCCCAGCUUUCAGAAAUAGCUGAGGUUCUGGCCUCCCGCCUGCCCCUGAAGGCCAGGACCCCAGGCCUGUGGUGUUGGCAGAGUGGGCUCUGGCUGUGCUUCUGCAAGUACGAUCUGGGUCCAUGUGCUAUUUAGCUUUAGGAAGAAAUGUUUAGAACUUGUACAUAAUAUAGAGUUUUACAUUGGCUGUGCCAGUUACUAGCAGAUAGACUUGUAUGAUCAUAAAAUAGUAGCCCUCCACCCACCCAACCCCAGCCCCCCUGCCUGCACCCAACGGCUACCUACCCCAGCCCCCAGGCCUGUAACCUUUGCCAUUCAUUGCUGGACAAGUCACUGUGCUGCCCAUGUCCUGCUUGCAUACCUCCAGUGAUGGGGAACUCACUACCUUGGGAAAGUUCUUAACACCAAGCUGAAAUUCUCUGCUGCCGUUUCCAACAGGGGCAGCCAGAAGGCAAGCAGUCAUUUUAAACUCAUGUACAGGUGAUCAGCUCUGUGAAACCUCAGAUAAAUUUGACUUGACCGCAUGUGAGAAUUGAUCCAGAUCUCAACGCCAAGGAGGAUGGUUGGCUCUCCGCAAACCCCUCCAGGACAGAACUGACUGGGCACAAGCACAGCCCACCAGGCUUCAGGAGCCGGGGGGUCCCAGAGCCCCCCUGCAGCCUAGGCGAGCCUUGAGAACUCGGUUACGGCUGGUUCUGAGAUGCACUACUUGUCAGAUAAGGCGACUCACCUACUUCCGCCCCACCCCUUUCUGACAGCCAGCGCCCUGCACAUAGUCAGCACGUGCCCGGGGUUACCCAAAGGUGAAUGGCCGUGCUGCCACCUCUGCCACCUGCUCAGAGAGACAGGACAUGAACACAGCCGGUCCCUGCAGCCCCUGUUUGCCACGGGGACUGUGGGUUUCCAGGGAAUUGGAUCUGCUCCGUCACGUGGAUUUCCCAUGAGGGCCCUUAGAGAUGGAACCCCACAGGCCCACACACCCUUCCUAGUUGUCCCCCUUCACGCUGGGGCUCUGGCACUCUCUCCUUUCUUAAGGGCUGUGGAUAUUGACCUGAAAGAGCAGACGCCGUCUUCCAGAAGCUGCUUUCACUUCCCCAGCCCUUUGCCCUGGGCACCAAGUCAUUCUGUGCCUUGGGGAGGCUUGGCAGCCUCCCACCUUAGGGAAACCCGCACGUUCAACUCAAAAGCUAGGAAAAGGAAGAUCUGAAGGUCCCAAAUCUUGCCAGUAACUUGUGGACGGAGCAGGGAAGACCGAGUCCUUUCCCCAGCACUUAGGUUCCAACGUGCUAUUUAUGAGUAAUUUAUUUUGUUUGAUAUGUACAUCUCUUUAUUUUCUUACUUUAUUUAUACCCCCAAAUUGUAUUUAUGUAUGUACAUGAGUUUUGUUUUCUACAUUAAAGCGGGAUUGUUCGUACCAAAAGUUGCAUUCUGUUAUCCAACUGGAAGGUCUGUGAGCAAAAGGGAGGACGGGCCGGGAAGGAGAUGGGGGUGCUGUGCACAGAAGGAGACCCUCUGCGUGUUCGCCACGUCCGAUACUCUGCGCUUUCUACUGUAAGCUCCUGAUCAUUGCAACAACCCUCAGGGAGUUAGACAGUACAUUUAGGUUAACCAGCUUGUGAUGGGGGCUGGUUUGGA